CCUAUACCGGAGCAGCAUCGGACCUCUCUCGCAUCCAUGUGCAAGCCAUCAUGACUAGACCCGCAUGCCCUCUUUUUUCACACACUACCCUGUUAGGUAAGGGCCUGUGCCUUUUGUGAAACCGUCAUGGAUCUUAUCUGAUCGCAACCGUCGUUGUUUGCUCUCUCUUUUCCUUCACAACCAUCCUACAUCACCGUGUCUUUACUCUCGACACCACACACCCUCGGAGGACGACAGCCAUCAUGGCCCUGUCCUUGUCCAGCUUCCUCGUCUCAUCCAUUCUCUUCUGUGCCACUUUGAUUACUGCUGAAACCCGUACCUACGACUUCACCGCCGGCUGGGUCAAUCGAAAUCCAGAUGGUCAGCACGAGCGACCCGUCAUUGGCAUCAAUGGCGAAUGGCCUCUUCCCGCAAUCGUCGCAAAUGUUGGCGAUCGCGUCGUGGUCAAUUUGAAGAAUGAUCUAGGAAAUCAGUCAACCUCCAUCCAUUUCCACGGUCUCUUUCAGAACGGCACAAAUCAUAUGGAUGGUGUUGGCUCAACAACUCAAUGUCCUAUUCCUCCAGGAUCCUCAUUUACUUACAACUUCACCAUCGAUCAGCCAGGCACAUAUUGGUACCACUCACAUGUGGAUGGCCAAUACCCAGAUGGCCUUCGUGGUCCUCUGAUCGUGCACGACCCCGAAAAUCCAUAUGCUGACCUCUAUGAUGAAGAACUGGUUCUGACUUUGUCUGAUUGGUACCACGAUCAAAUGCCCGGUCUAAUUGCCAGCUUCCUCAGCGUCACCAAUCCAACUGGUGCCGAACCUGUCCCUCAGGCCGCUCUCAUGAACGACACCCAAAACCUGGAGAUUCACAUCGAACCUGGCAAAACCUAUUUCCUCCGCAUCAUUAACAUGGCAGCCUUUGCCGCUCAGUACUUCUGGAUAGACGGUCACACCUUCCGAAUCAUCGAAGUUGAUGGCGUCUAUCAUGAGCCGACCGAGGCAGAGCAAAUCUACCUGACAGCUGCACAGCGCUAUGGCGUCCUGCUCACCACCAAGAACGAGACCGACGCAAAUUACGCCAUUAUGGGAUCCAUGGAUGAGGAUCUGUUCGAUCAGAUUCCAGAUGGCUUGAACCCCAAUGUCACUUCGUACCUGGUCUACGAUAGUGCUCUACCCCUCCCGGAGCCGGCAGACAUUGACGAAUUCGAUCCUUUCGACGACAUGUUGCUCGUUCCAACUGAUGGCGAAGAGUUAUUGCCCGAUCCUGACCUAGUCGUUACACUCGACGUCGUCAUGGACAAUCUCGGCAACGGUGCCAACUAUGCAUUCUUCAGUGGCAUCACCUAUGUCAAACCCAAGGUCCCAUCUCUAUACACAGCUCUAACAUCCGGCGAAUACGCCACCAACGCCAGCAUAUACGGUGUCAACACCCACUCGUACGUUCUCGAACACAAUGAAGUGGUUGAAAUCGUCCUCAACAACCAAGACCCGGGCAAACAUCCAUUCCAUCUUCACGGUCAUGCCUUCCAGUCGAUCCUUCGUAGUGAAGAGGAAGCUGGUGACUUCGACCCCGAGUCUGUGACUAAUGGAUCGGUCGUCCUACCCCAAAAACCUAUGAGACGAGAUGUCCUACUUGUGCGACCUAAUGGUCACAUUGUCAUGCGCUUCCGAGCAAAUAACCCUGGCGUGUGGCUAUUCCAUUGUCACAUUGAAUGGCACGUGGAUUCUGGCCUGGUCAUGACUUUUGUUGAGGUUUGUACUCACCACUCGUGUAUACCCCAUCUUCCGUCGACUAAUUUGUCUUUCCCAUUUAGGCGCCUCUUGUGUUGCAGCAGACCAUCACAAUCCCCGAGGAUCACUUUGCGGCAUGCGCCGCGCUUUCUCCACCAAUGGCCACCGCAGGAAAUGCUGCAGCCAACACGGUCGACCUUCUGGAUCUUCAAGGCCAGAACCUCUCUCCCGCUCCACUGCCCUCAGGCUUCCAAGCCAAAGGUAUUGUUGCUUUGACCUUCAGUUGCCUGGCAGGUCUGAUUGGUGUGGGAGUCAUUGCUUGGUACGGCAUGGGCGAGAUGACCAACCUUGAAAAGGAAAGACAGGUGGACCAUGUCAUGCAUAUUCAAGACGAGAGAGGCAUUGUCAAGACCGAAUCCGCGACAGGUAGUGUUGGCGGGCCCGACGCUGGCGUUGGCGUCAGAGAUACUAUUGAGACCGCCAGGUGAAGAUGGUAACAUGUUCUUGAAAGAUAUACGCCGUCCUUUGUUUGGUCCGACUCAAACUGCUCGUUCCUACCAACAAGCUGGUGAUGAGGUGCAAAUCCAGGAUCGAGUGGAUGGCGGCGAAGUCAACCACUCUAAUGUAGCUACGCGAGCAUCAGAUAUGUCGUCCAAAACGACCGUUAUUAAUACACUAUUAGCCAGAAUUGUCUAUUUCUAACCAACGUUUGACCUAGAGGACCUAGAGGUCUGUCUGUCUGUCUGUUUAGCUCUUGAGACGCACAUCCUCGCUUGGUAUAGAGUCUAAGUCCACCACUACCAUCUUCCGGUCUUGAAACGGAAGCGACUCAUCCAUCUCCUCUCGUCUGCCUGGCGUUCAAGAGCCAGCCUCAUUCUUUGGGCAUAUUCCUCUUCCUUGUGUCUGAGAUCUCUCAAAGUGUCCUCUUGUUGGCCGGCCGACUCCAUCGCGUUCACGACUUCACGAUGAUCUAGUCGCUGUGGUUGAGUCGUGACAAUGCCGACUCGCUCACCGGUCCAGACCAAUAAGUCGUCAUCUCCUCUCUUGCCAUAGCCGUAGGUAUCGGAAUCUACAGAAGACGCAGGCAUCGUUGUCAGUGGCACAAUCUUCCGCGCGACUUCAUCACCGGA